CAAUAGCAAAAUCAACAAACAGAAGUUCUCAGCUCGAAAUUGUGAUGCAAAUCGUAAUUUGACGUUUUCUUGUUAACGUGUGAUGAAGUAUAAAAUAAAACAAAUUUUUUCUAGUUGAUCUUUUAAAAAUAUAUUAUUAAUGUUACACUAAAAAUAGUUUUCCAUCUUAAUAAUACAAAAUGAAAGUUCGAUUCAACACAUUUGACAUAAUUUGUGGCGUUACAGAGCUUCAAAGAUUAGUCGGACUUCGAGUGAAUCAGAUAUAUGAUAUUGAUAAUAAAACUUAUUUAAUACGAUUCCAACAAGGUGAAACUAAAGAGGUAUUACUGCUGGAAUCCGGGAAUCGAUUCCACCCAACAGCUUUUGAAUGGCCAAAAAAUGUAGCACCAUCCGGUUUUAGCAUGAAGUUAAGAAAACAUCUAAAAAAUAAACGCCUGGAGAAAGUUGAACAACUUGGAAUUGACCGUAUUGUUGAUUUUCAAUUUGGAAGUGGCGAGGCUGCAUAUCAUAUAAUACUUGAAUUGUAUGACAGAGGAAACAUUUUAUUGACAGAUCAUGAAUUAACAAUACUUAACAUAUUACGACCACAUACUGAAGGAGAAACCGUACGUUUUGCUGUUCGUGAAAAAUAUCCUGUUGACAGAGCCAAAAGUUGUGUCAAUAUUAAUGAAGAAUACAUUAAAACUGUUUUGAAAUCAGCUAAACCUGGCGAAAACCUGAGAACAGUGUUAGUUCCGUUUUUGGAAUGUGGUCCUUCAGUAAUUACUCAUGUUUUACUAAAAUAUGAUUUAGAUGAUUGUACUAUUCCUGGUGAAACUGAAAAUAAGGAAGUUGAGAAUCCUACUCAAAAUAAAAAAAGCAAAAAACAGAAGAAAAAAGACCAUUCUAGCAAAAACGGUCGUUGUUUUGAUUUUGAAAUCGAUUUCCCAAAUUUGAUGAAAGCGAUCGAUCUAUCAAAUGAAAUUGUUGCGGACGCUAAGAAAUCUCCUUCUCGAGGUUACAUGAUUCAAAAAAAGGAACUAAAAGCUGUUGAAACAGGAGAAGAAGAAUAUUUUUAUCAUAAUCUGGAGUAUCACCCCUAUAAAUUUGUUCAGUACCACGAUCAACACAUCAAAGAAUAUGAAUCGUUUAUGGCAUGUGUUGAUGAAUUUUAUUCAACUUUGGAAGGUCAAAAAAUUGAUCUUAAAACCGUUCACCAAGAAAGAGAAGCCUUAAAAAAAUUGUCAAAUGUUAAGAAAGACCAUGCCAAAAGAUUAGAAGAAUUGACAAAAGUUCAAGAGCAAGAUAAACAAAAGGCUGAACUUAUUACAAGAAAUCAAGCUCUUGUUGACAACGCAAUUUUGGCAGUGCGAAGUGCUGUAGCAAAUCAAAUGUCUUGGCCAGAUAUACAUGAUCUAGUAAAAGCAGCGCAGCUAAAUGGUGAUCCUGUAGCUAGCUCAAUAAAACAGUUAAAAUUAGAAGUAAAUCAUAUAGCAUUGACACUAUCAGAUCCAUUCAAAAACGUAUCUUGUCCCAGUGAAGAUCAUGAUAACGAAGAUGAUGACGAAACUUUGCCAACUUUGGUAAUAGACGUCGAUUUAGCAUUGUCAGCUUGGGCUAACGCUAGAAAAUAUUAUGAUCAAAAGAGAUCAGCAGCCAAAAAAGAACAAAAAACUAUAGAUGCUUCCGAAAAAGCUCUCAAAUCUGCUGAAAGAAAAACUCAGCAAACGCUUAAAGAAGUACGUACCAUUUCCACGAUCACCAAAGCUAGAAAAGUUUAUUGGUUUGAAAAGUUUUAUUGGUUUAUAAGCUCGGAAAACUACUUAGUUAUUGGCGGCAGAGAUGCGCAACAAAACGAGCUUAUUGUUAAAAGAUAUAUGCGUCCAUCUGAUGUUUAUGUUCACGCAGAAAUUCAAGGUGCUUCCAGCGUUGUAAUUAGAAAUCCAACUGGCGGGGAAAUUCCUCCAAAAACAUUGUUAGAAGCUGGAACAAUGGCUAUAUCAUAUUCUGUUGCGUGGGAUGCUAAAGUUGUUACAAAUGCAUAUUGGGUUAAAAGUGAACAAGUUAGUAAAACUGCUCCUUCUGGAGAAUACUUAGGCACAGGUAGCUUUAUGAUUAGAGGAAAAAAGAACUUUUUACCACCAUGUCAUUUAGUGAUGGGUUUAACACUACUUUUCAAAUUAGAAGAGAGUUCUGUAGAAAGACACAAAGGCGAAAGAAAAGUAAGACAUUUUGAUGAUGAUGAUGUUGAGAGCUUGAGACAGUUAACAAUUGAAAAUGAAAAAUUAGAUAGUGUUCCUGAAGAGCAAGAGGUUAACUUAGAAGAUUCAGAUAAUGAAGACGAAAAUAAAAAUACUGAAACUCAAAAUGUUAAGGUAAUCAAUGAAAAAAAUGGAAGUAAUGAAAGUAUAAACGAAGAAGAAAUUCAAAGCGAAAAUUCUGAUAAAGAAUCUUCUGACGAAGAGAGCAGUAAAUUUCCAGAUACUCAUAUAAAAGUCGAACAUGAUACAGGAAAAAUAACUGUACGGGUCAACUCUAAGGAAGAAAACAAGAUUCCAAAUAUUACCAAUGAAAGUAAUACGGAAAUUAAAGAAGAUAUUUAUCUAAUACCAGCGGCACCAACAAGAACAAAACAGCAACAAAAUUCUAAAAAAAAGAAAGCUGAAAAGGAAAAAAAGGCCGAAGAAUAUCGUAAUCGAAAUGAAGAAAAGCAAAAUCAAUCACAAGUUAAGCGUGGUCAAAAAGGAAAACUGAAAAAAAUCAAGACUAAAUACAAGGAUCAAGAUGAAGAAGAACGUGAACUUAGAAUGGCUAUUCUAAAGUCAGCCCGCAAAGAUAAAAUUAAAGAUACAAAAAAAGUUGAUGAAGAUAAUUUAGAUACGAAGGGGAAAACAAAAAGACAAUUUCAGCCAAAACAAGAAGCUCAAGAUGUUGAUGAUGGAGAUGAUAUUCCAGCCAAUGCAGAUGUGGAUAUGCUUGAUUCUUUAACAGGUAUUCCCGUAGAUGAAGAUGAAUUACUAUUUGCAAUACCUGUUGUAGCUCCUUAUCAAUCAAUGCAACAUUAUAAGUUUAAAAUUAAAUUAACUCCUGGUCCAGGGAAACGUGGCAAAGCAGCUAAAACGGCUCUACUAAUGUUUUCAAAAGACAAAUCAUGUUCAUUAAGGGAGAAGGAUCUUCUUAAAGGCAUAAAAGAAGAAGCCUUAGCCAGAAAUAUCCCUGGAAAAGUUAAAAUGUCAGCGCCGCAGUUACAAAAAUUUAAAAAAUAAUCUUCAGAAGGAACAAAUACCUUUCCGCUUUUGAAGGCAAAAGUUUAAAUGCAGAUCCCGACGUCAAUUUUACUUAAUUAAAAGUACUUGCACAAUAAACAUUCUUUUGUCAAAUUUUUAAGCAUUAAUUUGUGAUAAACAUUAUUACUAUUAAAUUACUUUAAUAUAACCCUAUUCAAUGGAAGUACUGCGUCAUUGGUAAUUUCAAGAUGUUAUUUCAAAUAAAGCUGGAAUUU